AUGCAUAAUAAUAAUAACAAUAAAAAGAAUGAUGAUAAGAAGUCAGAAUGUAGUGAUGAGAGUGGCAAGUGGAAUGACGACAACGACGACGAUGAUGGUGGUGGAGGAAGGAAGAAGCAGCAGCAGCACCUGGUCUGUCACUCGUGCAAGAUGAACCUCAAGAACUACAAGUCGGUUGACGUUGACGCGAAGAAGCUGUGCAUUUCGUGCUUUGAAAUGGAGUUUGCCAACCGCUGUUAUGCCUGCAAGAAGAGGAUUCGAAUAGAUCAGAUGGAAAUGAACUUUAAAGACUUUUACUGGCACGACUACUGCUUCAAUUGUUCGCUGUGCGGAGCCUCGUUGGUCAACAGAUGUUUCGCAUUCAAUGAUGGCCUCCUCAUAUGUCCUCCCUGCUAUGAAAAGGAGAUGAACCUCGAAUGCUUCAGGUGCAAAGAAAAAUUUAAAGAUGGUCAGCGAGUGUUCGAAUUCGACAAGAGCCACUGGCACGAGGAGUGUCUGCGGUGCGUGCGCUGCGACUACCCGAUCAGCACUAGCCCAUUCAUCCAGCUGCCUCAGUCUGGUGACUUCAUGUGUCUUGAGUGCUAUGAACAGAUGCAUGUCAAACUCUGCCACAAGUGUGGCAAGGCCAUAAAAUCGGAAGGCGUUGAAUGUUUUGACACACACGUUCAGUGGCACCACGACUGCUUCUCGUGCAGCGUCUGUGGCAAGCAUCUCCUCGACAGUUCCACGUCAGCUGGCAAGGGAGACUACGCCUGUAAGGACAAGGAACUUUUCUGUGGCGACUGCUACGUUAAAAAGUAUUUCAGGAAAUGUGCCAGGUGCUACCAUGACAUCGAAGGUACAAAGCACAUGAAGUUCAUAAAUUUUGAGAACCUGAACUGGCACGCGCGAUGUUUCAGUUGUUACAGAUGCAACGUCAGCCUGGUCGAUAGGGGGUUCGUCAUAUUAGCAGACGACAUCUUGUGUCCCGGCUGUGCAAGGAGCAAAAUCAACUGA